AACUCUUCUUUUGAGUAAUAAAACCAAAACCCUGACGCAACAUUUUCGGCCCAUUUGCAUCAGAAUUCCUAAACUUUAGAAACCUCUCAGCUUCAUUCAUACCCUCACUCAUACAGAAUUCUGAAGCUCCAAUUGAUCGUCAAAGCUCAUUACAGAUAGUCAACAUGUAUAAUAAUGUGGGAGUUCAACCUGGAGGCCAGCAACCGACCUUUCCUCCCCAAGCUAGCCCGUUUGGGACUGCAUUCUCUGGAACCAGUUCUGGGUUGCUUCGUAGCGGAUUGAGUGCAUAUGGAGAGAAAAUUUUCGGUUCAAGCUCGGAGUAUGUGCAAAGCAAUAUAAGUAGGUACUUUGCUGACCCGCAAUAUUAUUUCCAAGUGAACGAUGAUUAUGUGAGAAACAAGUUAAAGGUUGUUUUGUUUCCUUUUCUGCAUCGGGGGCACUGGACGAGGAUAACUGAACCUAUGGCAGGCAAAAUCUCCUACAAACCCCCAAUUUAUGACAUUAAUGCACCAGAUCUUUACAUUCCUAUGAUGUCAUUUCUUUCCUAUGUGGUGCUGGCUGGAUUUUUCUUGGGGCUCAAUGGAAAGUUUCAUCCAGAGACCAUUAAUUGGCUGGUCAUGAAAGGGUUAGUAGGCUGGUUACUCCAAGUUGUAGUACUGAAAGGGUCAUUGAUGUCACUUAGCAGUGGAGAAACACCAUUGUUGGACAUCGUGGCAUACGCUGGUUAUGCAUUUACUGGAAUCGCUUUGGCUCUUUUUGGAAAACUAUUGUGGAUCCACUCAUAUUAUAUCUUGUUACUAUUGAGCUGCCUUUGCAUGGGAAUCUUUUUGGUGAAGACGAUGAAGAGAGUUUUAUAUGCAGAGGUCAGGAGUUACGACUCAGGCAAGCAUCAUGUCCUCUUGCUUUUGAUUGCUUUGGCUCAGUUUCCACUCUUCUUGUGGCUUGGCAACAUUACUGUCAACUGGUUGUUUUAGCCCCUAACUGUAUCCAUUUGGUUGUUGUAUUUGUAUAGGUCUAGAGAUUCAUUGUCUAUAGGAUUUGAGUUAUAUAACUUGUAAUGCUGUUAUAAUGAUAGAUUUUGAUAAUUUGAGACUAAAUUUGGUAGUCAUUAUGUUCUAAAUCCAAAAGAAUUGAAACUUUUUGGACUGGUGAA